GCCUGAAUAGAAGCAUAGCCGCCUGCUGAACCCCUCGAUUUCGGUUAAUCGCAUGUUUGUACCACUGGGGGAGAUCUCCACCGACACCACUUUAAAGCUAUAAAGGAGAAGCAGAGUCAACAAGAAAAUGCAAAGCAGCGUAAAAACAACCCCGCAGAUAAAAUAUCGAAAGGCCCGUGUGAGCAGCGUCACCCUUCCACAGAAUGAUGCUAUUUCUAGAACACGCCCCGGUUCCCGCAAAAGCCAAUUACGACGCGAAGUUCUUUCUAACCAGCCAAUCCAUAUAAACCUGCCCAUUACUUUCUUUCCGGUAACUGUUUUGGAAAGUAAAAGUUGCUGAAGGAGGAGGGAUCGGAGUUUGCUGCUUUGAGGCCUGUGUGAUGUCUUCCUUUUUCCAAACUAUUUCUAACAAAUACGGUUCCAGACAGGGAAGCGAAAGUAUUAAAGAGGAGCAAUUACUCCAAUGGGGUUUGACAGAUAUUCAUCUGCAUCCCUAUCAGAUAGAAGGUGUAAACUGGAUGAUACGCUGCUAUGAAACUGGGCAUGGCUGUAUUCUGGGUGAUGAAAUGGGAUUGGGGAAGACUUGCCAGACUAUUUCUCUGCUUGUUUUUUUGAGUGGGAAGUUUCAUAGGAGACCUUUUUUGAUCCUUUGCCCUCUCUCUGUGUUAAACAACUGGAGGGAUGAAUUAAAAAGGUUUUCUCCAUGCCUUUCCACUGUGGUAUAUUCAGGAGGCAAAGAAGAAAGAGCUGAACUACAGCAGAAUUUGAAAUCAAAACAUGGUUUCCACAUUCUGCUGACUACUUAUGAGAUGUGCCUCAAAGAUGCGGCUUUUUUAAAACGUUUUAACUGGACUUGUCUUGUUGUGGAUGAAGCUCAGAGACUGAAGAAUCAGGAUUCAUUGCUUCAUAAAACAUUAUCUGAGUAUUCAACAGAUUUCCAUCUCCUGCUGACUGGUACUCCAAUUCAGAACAAUCUUCAAGAGUUAUAUUCCAUGCUUACUUUUAUUGAACCAGUUAUAUUUCCCAAGGAACUGGCAGAAGAAUUUGUUUGCUAUUACCAUGAAAUUGAAAAAGACACUGAAACAGUCAAGGAACUUCACAGUCUGUUGCAGCCUCUGUUACUCAGGAGAGUGAAGGCUGAAGUUUCAGAAGAAAUUCCAAAGAAGGUAGAAGUGGUUCUCUACCAUGGAAUGUCAGCACUGCAGAAAAAAAUUUAUAAGGCUCUUCUUAUGAAAGAUCUAGAUGCAUUUGAAAAUGAGUCGGGAAAGAAAGCUAACCUGCAAAAUAUGUUGAUUCAACUGCGGAAAUGUGUAGCUCACCCAUAUUUAUUCACUGGUGUUGAACCAGAGCCCUUUGUCAUUGGAGAUCAUCUCAUUGAAGCCAGUGGUAAACUGAACUUGUUGGAUAAACUUCUUUCUUUCCUGUAUGAUAGUAAGCAUCGUGUUCUGUUGUUUUCACAAAUGACCCAAAUGUUAGAUAUUCUUCAAGACUACAUGGAUUAUAGAGGUUACAGCUAUGAGCGCCUGGAUGGAUCUGUCCGAGGUGAAGAGAGACACCUUGCCAUUAACAACUUUGGUCAGCAGCCUAUUUUUGUUUUCCUUCUGAGUACCAAAGCAGGUGGAGUUGGUAUCAAUCUUACAGCAGCAGAUACAGUUAUUUUUGUUGACAGUGAUUUUAAUCCACAAAAUGAUGUGCAAGCAGCAGCCAGAGCCCAUAGAAUUGGCCAGAAGAAACCAGUAAAAAUCAUCCGCUUGGUUGGGAGAGACACUGUAGAAGAAAUUAUCUACCGACGAGCAAUAUCAAAACUCCAGUUAACUAAUACUGUUAUUGAAGGGGGGCAGUUUGCACUUGGAGCACACAAAACUCAGGAUAUAUCAGAUGGUCAGCUAAAUGAAAUCCUGAAGUUUGGUUUGGAUAAAUUAUUGUCAUCAGAAGGGAGUACUGUUUAUGACAUAGACUUGAGAAGUAUCCUUGGGGAGACAAAGGGAGGAAUAUGGUCAAUGGAUCCAGUGAAAUCAGUCACGGAAAUAAAUGAAGAGCAAGCUUUGGAAAGCCACAUGUACAUAUUUGAGGGCAAAGACUAUUCCAAGGAAACUAGCCAAGGGGACAAGAAGGCAUAUGAUAAUUUAUUAGAACAUCAGAAAACUUUCCUUGAAGACCUCAGUCAAGGAGGAAGCAUUCUUCGAAAUAAAGAAAAUAUUCUUAUGACUGCUGAUAUGAGACCUAGUAAAAAAAGGCAAAAACUGAGCCCAGAAGAGCUGAAAGUUCGGCAGAAAAAAAUGCAGGAAGGAGUAGCAAAGAGGGCAAGGCUCAGAGAAGAAAAGAGGCAGAGGGCAGCAGAGAUUGAACAGCAAAAAAAGAUUGCCUUGUGGGAAGCCAAUCACUAUCAGUCUUGCUGCCUUAAGUCAGAAGAAAGCAGUGAGGAAGAAGAGGAAAAAAGUCAGUUGCAUUUAGAAUAUACAGACUCUGAGCAGACUUCUAUAAAGUAUAUUAUGGGUGAUGUUACCCAUCCCAUAGUAGGAGAUGAGGAUGCCAUAAUUGUUCAUUGUGUAGAUGAUUCUGGCCACUGGGGAAGAGGUGGUUUAUUCACAGCUCUGGGGAAUCGUUCUGACCAAUCAAAGAAAAUAUAUGAACUUGCAGGAAAGAUGAAAGAUCUGACGUUAGGAGGAACUCUUUUAUUCUGCAUUGAUGAUAAGGAAUCCAGGAAUAAAGGAACAGAUUUGUUGGCUCUUAUUGUAGCACAGCACCGGGAUCAUUCAAACAACUUGUCUGGAAUUAAGCUUCCUGCAUUAGGAAAAGGAUUAAAGAAAAUUUAUCAAGAAGCCAAGAAAAGAAAUGCUUGACAAAAACAGAGUAAAGAUUGUGGAAUGGAACGCAAAGGUGAGAGGGAUGGUAAUCUAGGCAACCAAGGCAUCUUUCAGAGCCUGCAAGAAUGCCAAGAUCACUAACACAGGUGCUCAAUGGAGAAGUGGACUUUUCCCAUAACAAGAAGAAGCAUUACUAUUGGACAAUGUGAACACCUGGUGGGUGGGGACAAGGGAAUCUAUUGUUUAAUUAAGUAAGCUUUCACACAGGAAAACCUUUGCUUCUUCUGUGCCAAUGUAAAUUUUCAGUAAAGUAUUAUACUCUUGGUGAAAUCAUGUCCCAGGAGUUUCUUUUUUCUGGAAAUGUCAACUGGACAGACAAAUUUAUUGCUGUAUCAAACUUUUGUAUUCAGCUUAGGUAGAAAUUUCUCUCAGAGUAAUUGAACAGUAUUGACAGUAUUGACCAUGAAAAUAUUGCAAUCAGGACACAAUGACAACAUUUCAGGCCAAAAUGUCUUUCAGUAUCUUCAUGGUCACUUCCUAGCAGUAUCCAGAAGUUUUUCCUUCUUAUAUGUAACAUUAUUUCCCAUGUGGAUGUAUUUUGCAUUGUAUUGGUCUAUUAUAUUAAAAAUAAAUGGCAAAUAAU